AUGUCCUCCAGGAGACAAGACCCCCGAGAUGUCCACCAGGAGGUGGGCAAUCUGGUGGCUGUCGACCGUCCACGAGACCUCCUUGGAAACUUCCCUCUCGCUCCCCUCCGGGUCAACCCCAGGGAUGUAGGCCAGGGUUACGGAGACCCCCAGGAGGAUGUGGCCACGGUCAGCCCUGGCAGCCACCACGACAGCCCUGGGGAACCAGCAUGUCAGGACGAGAAAGAUAAAAAAGCUGACAAGAACCCUAAGGCAAAUAUUACAGCGAAAGCUGCGAGCUGGAGGAAGAAGCAAGUCACUGCGUGGAAAUGGCAAGGUGGCAAAAGAUGCCAGGGUGGUGGUUCUGGCUGCAGGCAACCCAUAGGUGGUUGCCAAGGUGGCAAUUGUAGGCCGCAGAUCGGUGGAUGCGUGGGUGGACAAUGCGGUGGGGGUGGCGGAACCUGGGGUGGUGGAUGUGUUGGUGGUCAAUGCGGAGGAGGUGGAAUUUACCCUGGAGGCGGUGGUUGUGUCGGCACACAAUGUGGCGGUGGCGGUGGCGGUGGAAUUUACCCCGGUGGCGGUGGAUGUGUCGGUGGCCAAUGCGGCGGUGGCGGUGGCGGAAUUUACCCUGGAGGCGGCGGUUGUAUCGGCAACCAAUGCGGGGGUGGUGGUGGAAUUUACCCCGGCGGCGGUGGUUGUGUCGGCACCCAAUGCGGCGGUGGCGGUGGCGGUGGCGGCGGAAUUUACCCAGGCGGUGUAGGCUGUACAGGGGGACAGUCCGGCUGUAUACCUAACUACGGCGUUGGCUACUCAGGAAAUCCUUGGCAAAACUAUAAUCAAUGGGGCAAUCAACAGAAUUGUUACAACAACAUUCAGCAAGGAAACUGUAACUUUUACAACUGCUACAACCAACAGUACCAGUGCCCAUCAUCUCAGAAUUACUGCCUGGGGUACGGACAGCCGUACUGCCAGAGAACUAACCAGUGGUACAACUCCUACAACCAAGUGGGUCAGAACUACAUCAAUAACGUUCGUCGGUGUCACAUGGGAUCUCUGUUACCCAGCGGGGGUUCCUGCUCCCAGAUAAACCAGCAGGGAUACGGUGCACUUAUCGGUCUAGGGGGACAGAACUCUUGUUACUGGCAGAAUGGUCAGUUCUGUAACGUGAUCAGCAGCCCACAGAAUUGCCAGGCUAUGUACAACAACUAUCAAGGCACAGGCUACACAGAUUACUGCAUCUAUCGAUCCUUGAACAACCUGGCCGGCCAGUGUGGAGGUCAGCAACAACAAUACUUCCAGCAAUAUUACGGCAACCCGUACAUGCAGAACCUUCAGCAGUCUGGCGUGAACUACGGCGCCUACAACACGCACUAUAACCAGAACUAUGGCCAGAGUUCCUGGAAGAAGUAA